AUGUCUCCUGCGUUGGUCUUGAACAAUUCGGCCGUCGACAUCAUCGACAUUCGGGUCAAAGACUCGGGGGGCUUCUCUGCUGUCGACGCUAUCCAAGAUGGCCUGGAUCCGCCCCAGGGCAAGGCUCGCUCGUUUCCUACGUUGCUACUAUACGAUACUGUCGGCCUCCGCCUGUUCGAGGAGAUUACCUACUUGGAUGAAUACUACCUGACAAAUGCCGAGAUCCAAACGCUGGAAACUCACGCUAGGGCGAUCGCUAAGAGACUGCCGGAAAAUUCACAGAUUGUGGAACUGGGUAGCGGGAACCUUCGUAAAGUCGAGAUAUUGUUGAAACAAUUUGAAGACAUGCAGAAGCGAGUGGACUAUUGGGCUUUGGACCUAUCCCUGGAGGAACUGAAACGCACCUUUGUCGAAGUCUCUCCCCAGUCCUACCAGUAUGUUCAGUUGAAGGGGUUGCAUGGGACAUAUGAUGAUGCUAUCGAGUGGUUGAAAGACCCGGAAAAUAGGAAGCAGCCCACAUGCGUGAUUUCUCUAGGCUCCUCCAUGGGAAACUUCAAUCGCCCCGCCGCUGCAGAAUUCUUGAAUCAAUAUGCAAGACUGCUGGGCCCGGCUGACUCGCUAAUUAUUGGCCUUGACAGCUGUAAAGACAGGAAUAGAGUCUACGGCGCCUAUAAUGACUCCCAGGGUGUCACGCGCCGCUUUUAUGUCAAUGGGCUGAUUCACGCCAAUGAAGUUUUAGGCCACGAAGCCUUUAAAUUGGACCAAUGGACCAUUGAAUCCUCGUAUAACGACACCGAUGGGUGCCACCGUGCCUUUUAUGUCCCGACCCAAGAUGUCUCCAUCAAUGGGAUUCGGUUACAAAAGGGCGAGAGGAUCCUUUUUGAGGAAGCAUAUAAAUACAAUGCUCAAGAACGAGACCAUCUGUGGCGUAGGGCGGGGCUUAUCAAUGUGGCUGCAUUAGGAAAUGCCACUGAUGACUAUCACCUCCACAUGCUUUCAUCGGCCAGCCUCAGAUUCGCUACUCCGCCAAGCGAGUAUUCUCUCGGUUCGAUUCCGAACUGGGAAGAGUGGAAGUCCUUAUGGGCAGCAUGGGACAUUGUCUCCAAGACUAUGGUUCCCCGGGAAGAGUUACUAGCCCAGCCGAUCAAGCUGAGAAAUGCCUUGAUAUUUUACUUAGGACAUAUUCCAACCUUUCUCGAUAUCCACCUGACUCGUGCAACGCGCAGUAAACUGACCGAACCGAAGAAUUACAGGCUGAUCUUCGAACGUGGUGUUGAUCCCGAUGUGGACAACCCGGAACAAUGCCACACUCACAGUGAGAUACCUGAUGAAUGGCCGGCCCUGGGAGAAAUCCUCAACUACCAGGAAAACGUUCGCAGCCGUGUACAGAGACUCCUAAAAACGGAGAAUCUGACACAAAACCGAAUCCUCAGCGAGGCAUUUUGGAUUAGCUUCGAGCACGAGGUCAUGCAUAUAGAAACCUUUCUCUACAUGCUUUUGCAGAGUGACAAGACUUUGCCUCCAACUGGAAUUGCUAUACCUGAUUUCGAGAAAAUCGCAUUGGAUGCUAGAUGUAAUGAGAAAGAGAAUGAGUGGUUCUCCAUCCCUCAGCAGACGUUCACAAUCGGCUUAGCCGAUGACGAUAAAGCCGCUGUCCCCCAUGGUUCUUUUGGCUGGGACAAUGAAAAACCACAGAGAUCGGUCACCGUACCUGCCUUUGAAGCUCAGGGACGCGCGGUAACAAAUUUAGAGUAUUUGCAGUACAUGGAACAAAGCGGAAACCACCGAAUGCCGGCGUCAUGGGUUAUUCAGGCUGCAAAUAGCUGGAACGGUACUUUCAAUGGACUCCACGCAGAUGGAGCGGCCAGUGGGCAUGGUAACAACAUGUUCAAUUACGCAGUACGGACUGUCUUUGGGCCCGUCUCCUUUGUUUUAGCAGCCGACUGGCCGGUUAUGGCUUCAUAUGACGAGUUGUCCGGAUAUGCAGAAUGGAAGAACUGCCGGCUUCCCACUUUCGAAGAGGCCCGGUCGAUAUAUAGACACGCCGCCGCGCUGAAAAAGGAACGGAGCAAUGGCGUGUCUAAUGGUGCCAGCAACGGUCACAGGCUACAUAAUCAAGAUUCUUUGUUUGUCGACCUUUCUGGAGCCAAUGUCGGCUUCCAGCACUGGCACCCUGUCCCCGUAACUCCCAAUGGCGACAAACUCGCCGGCCAGAGCGAGCUAGGUGGAGUAUGGGAGUGGACCAGCUCGCUACUGUCUAAGCACGAGGGCUUUGAGGCGAUGGAUAUAUAUCCCGGCUACACCUCCGACUUCUUCGAUGGGAAGCACCACGUUGUCCUGGGCGGCUCGUGGGCUACGCACCCCCGGAUUGCGGGGAGGACAAGUUUCGUGAACUGGUACCAGCAUAAUUACCCAUAUGCCUGGGCUGGGGCGAGACUGGUGCGGGAUAUCUAG